AUUUCAGUCACAGACAGACAAUCACAGUGUAAAGAUUCUGACGUGAUUUCUCUUUUUAAACUCCGUUUUUUCUUUAAGAAAAAAAAAUUAAUUAACCUUUAGGAAAAAAAGUCACAUUCUCUAUUUUAUUGCAAUUUAUUGUUUGUCUGGUAGUGUUUUAUUGGAUGUUGCUGCAAAUUAGAGUAGAAUUUCUUGGUGGAUUGAGGGAAAAAUUCGAGAGUUUAGCGUUAUAAGGAGUGUUACUUUUGAAGUGCUCGUAGAAAUCACGAUAAAUUAUGUUUUAAAAUUCAUUAGUGAUACACAACUCUCUAAACAACACAACUUAACAACAUUUGUUCGUGAAUUAAAUAGAAAAUAAAAUUAAGAGGUGGCAAGAGUAAAACUUGAAUAGCGGUUCCAUAUUGAGGGACAAGUGAAAUUGAUCAUACCUGUUUCACACCUCAUUAUGAAACAGAGGUCAUCGUGAAGGAAUUUUGUAUGUGCCAAAACUUGGUGAAACACGUUGAGUAGAUGGUUUUAUAAAGAAAAAAAAAUAAGUGGUAAUUUCUAUGAAAUAGUCCAUUGGAAGUUGAAAAUGUUGCAGAAAUACGGAAAAAUCGACGUUGAUGGAAAAAUUCAGUGCUAAGGAAGUGGUUAUUGUGGCAAUAGAAGAAGUUUAGAAACUUUCACAAAAAAAACAACAACAACUGAUUGUAAAUCAAAGCGUGUGCAGUCAAAAGAAUAUUGAAUUUUGUUUGAAAAAAAAAUUAAGCAAAAGUGUGGAGAGUGUAUGGAAAAUAAGGAAGAGGAAAAAAAAGUGUGCUUUAUCCUCAUGUAAACCAAGAAGCUUUAAUUUGAGUGUUUAAAAGUGUGUGAGAGGAGCUGAAAUGGCGAUUAAUUUGGCAUCAAAAUCACUGUCCAACAAUCUUUGGAUAUUGCUGAAUGUAUUGCUAGUGGUAUUGGAUAGCAGAGUAUAUGGACAUGUAGCCUUAACAUUCCCACCAGCCAGGAAAUAUGAUUUGGAUUUUUUGGACAAUUCAAGGACCAAAGGUCCCUGUGGGAUGCCAAAAGGUGAUUUGAGGACAUCACUGCUGUCUGGCUCAACAUUUAAUAUUACCUGGCACUUAGCGUAUCCUCAUCGGGGUGGCUUUCAAAUUCAGUUGUUGGACGAAUUAGAGCGUCCUGUGCUGGAUUUAACACCAUCGGUGAAUGGUUCAAAAUUUGUAUCUACGGAUGCCACAACUCAGCAAUAUCAAGUGCGACUUCCAUCCGACUAUGUAUGCCAAAAUUGUUCCAUUAGACUCCUGCGGCAGGCCAAUGAAUGGGUGGAUUGGUAUAGAUUCUGGUCAUGUGCAGACGUUGAUAUUGUGCCAAGAAAAGAUUUUAAGGAGACGUGCAGUAGCCAUGGGAAGUACUUUCCUGGAAGAUGCAAAUGCGAUAAGUUUUAUUACGGAGAUAGAUGCCAGUACAAAGAUGAAUGCACAGUAGACCAAGACUGUGGAAUCCAUGGAAAAUGCAUAGACUUGGAAGGUACUUCUCUGCCCAGGAGACAGUGCUACUGCAAUUUCGGUUGGUUUGGUCCAGGAUGCAAUAAAAAAUCCCCAAUAAAAUCCCUAGAUCUUGAUUAUUCUUUGUAUCAGACGAAAGAAUUAUCAAAAGAUUUUCGCAUUCACUGGCGCGUGCUGAAGGAACAGAAAGAAUUGGAGGUUAUUAUGAAAGUCAAUGGAACUUCCUGGGUGGGACUGGGGUGGCGUCCACGAGAUUUGACUGCAGAAUGCAGAAACUUUCCCAAAAUUCGUGAUAGUUGGGAUAAAGAAGGAGAACCAGAGCCAGAGCCUAAAAGUGAACCCGAACCAGAACCUGCAGGAGAGCCAGAGCCUACCGUUGAGCCAGAACCAAGUUCAGAGCCAGAAGCAGAACCAAAGAGUGAACCAGAGCCCAAGGUACCGUCAGUCGUAUCGUCUAAGUCGAAGAGAGUUGUAGCCAAUGAGGAGACAACAAAUAAGGAAGGAAUCACAUUGUCAACGAGCGUUUCAUAUAGAGUUAGUGCAAAAACAGGAAGACGACGUAGAGCAACGUCAAAUAUACAUCCAACGCCAGAGCCUACACCUCAAUCCCAAACGGACGAAGCAGGAACAUCAACCCCUGAGCCAGAACCUGAAAGUUCAGCUGAACCAAAUGCAGAACCAAGUACUGAAAGACAGGAUUUUGACAAUUCAUCAACACCAGUUAGUGAACCAGAACCUAAGAGUGAACCUGAACCUAAAAGCGAACCAGAACCCAAAAGUGAACCUGAACCUAAAAGCGAACCCGAACCCAAAAGCGAACCAGAACCUAAAAGUGAGCCAGAACCUAAAAGUGAACCGGAGCCUAAAAGUGAACCAGAACCUAAAAGUGAACCAGAGCCUAAAAGCGAACCUGAACCCAAAAGCGAACCAGAACCUAAAAGUGAACCAGAGCCUAAAAGCGAACCGGAACCUAAAAGCGAACCGGAACUUAAAAGCGAACCAGAACCUAAAAGCGAACCAGAACCAAAAAGCAAUCAACAACUUAAAAGUGAACCCGCUGGUGGUAGAAAUCAAAAGGAUAAAGGAAAGCCAAAGCUUAACAAAUGGACUCCGACGCAGGAUUUCAAGGGAAUGGACUGCACGGACAUUAUCAUUGGAAGUGCUCGGGGGAAUGCAUCAAGAAUUCUGGACUACUACACAAGAGAUCGCUCAACUCCACGUCUCGAUGAUUUCUGGGGUGGGAAGUUUGACUUGACAGCAGCAACUGGAUUUGAGAGCGAUGGCGUGACUACAAUAGCUUUUAGGAGAAAAUUGGAUGCACAGGAACCAUCUGAUCACUCCAUUGUGGAUGAUCUGAUGAGUGUUAUUUGGGCACGUGGACAGGAACCAGGACGAUAUGUCCACAGUCCACUAUCUGGCUUGGAGACAGAGAUGGCAUCAGUGCCAGAUUUCUACAAGCCGGAUGAGCUCAAGUAUCACGGGGGCAAAAUGCAACGUGGUCUGGCAUCCAUUAAUUUCCUGGAGGUCCCGAAGAAAGACAUGUCAUCGAAGAAAUCAACACAGUUGCUGGACAAUGAUUGUCGUGGCCAUUGGCGUUAUCCUCACAAUUGCUCUCCUGACAAUCACACGUGUGAAUACUAUGCCAGGUGGGAGACAAUUGGACGUGGAGAUGAGAUGCGAUUCCACAUUGAGACAAGCCAUACGGACACAUGGACGGGAAUUGGAUUCAGUGAGGAUGAUAAAAUGCCCCAGACGGAUGCAGUCAUUGGUUGGGUGGAUAAGACAGGCAGGCCAUUCUUGAUGGAUAUGUGGAUUGUGGGCAAGCAGAGUCCUAUCCUCGAUUCUCUGCCGUAUCGGCAGGAUAUUUACGACACAACUGGUCGCAUUCAGGAUGGUGUGACCAUUCUAGAGUUCACCAGGAAGCGUGUUAGCGACGAUGCCCAUGAUUUAUCUUUCACCGAUGAUCAUUGUCUCUACCUGAUGUUCCCAAUUGUUGGCGGGAGCUUCAAUGCGGUCAAUAAGAAAAUCCGACGCCACGAGCAGACUCCCGUUGUUACAGAUGUCAGAGUUUGCAUAAAGUCGUGCGGAAAGGAACUUGAAGCCCUCAACAAUGUGCCACCUACAAAUGCCCCUGAUCGCCUUGUCUAUGCCGUUGGGGUAAAAUUGCAGAAUCUCGCAGAAUCAUUUGAAGCACCAGUCAAGGGCAGUUUGGAAUUUGAAACACUUGCCAAUACCAUCAAGGAUUCAUUUAGUGGGGUAUUGCAGGAUCUUCCUGGAUACUAUAUGACCGAUGUUAAAGAAUUCGAAACAACGGGUGACAGUGUUGUGGCCAAGAUGAACAUACUCUUCGAUAAGGCAGCUUACGAGAAAGGAAGGACACUUGAGACAGAAGUUAGGAGCAAUGAUUUGAAUGAGUCAGAAGAAGAAAUGAGAGAGGGAAAACUCGUUAAACGUGCUCUUCUGGACAGUGUGACAACAGGAAAAGUUGGAUCAUUAUCUGUUGAUCCCAAUUAUCUAGACUUUGAGCCAGUUGAAUAUAUUACUAAUCGCGAAGAGGAAAAAGGUUCAUCAUUCUUCCAGCUUUCUGAGACGAGAUUGUACACUGUUCUGGGAUGUAUUUUGGCCCUUAUCAUUGUGGCACUUCUUCAAGUCACAUGCACAAUCUAUAAGACAUCGAGGAAGAAGCACAAUCAAAAGGAUCAAUUGAUUCCCAAUUCAGCAUGGAAGGACUAUUCAUCAAACACAAAUUAUGCGUUUGAUGCUUUUGGGGAAACGGUGGAAGAGAAGAAUGGAAAAUCUAGGAGUCGCACAUCGAGCAGUCAGCAAACUCUGCCAAUGUCUCAUUCUCCAGCCAAAACACAGUACUACGAUAAUUCACGAAAUGGGACCAAUUCGAGGCACCAGAAUGGUGUAGGAGGAAAUGAAUCACGCUAUCAAAAUGGUCACAAUGUUGCGGAGGGAGGACGAGGAGGAGCCUACAAUCAUGGCAAUAGUAAUGUAGAUCAUAUCCCGAGAGCCAGUCACUAUGCCGACCGAACAUAUUCGCUGCCCAGGACGCAGCAGCAGCAGCAACUUGUCGGCUACUAUACUCAGGACCGACGACAUCGUCAACCGCACUAUCAGCAACAAUCUAUGUCCAGUGGGAUCGACACGCCCGAUUUCUACUUCAUGCCAUCCCAGAGGAAGUAUUCGGGGGAGGUGGUGAGGGUUUAUGUGGACUACAACAAAGAACCCAAGGACUAGACAGAGUAUCUCAUUGCAUUAUGGACACGAAUGUGAUACCAAGUUAGAGCAAUUAAUACUCAUGAAAUCAAUCAAAAGAACAAUUUAUUAAACCAAGAAAGUGUCUUAAAGAAUUGAUGAACAAAUUAAGUGCCCCAAAGUCAUCCAAUCCUUCAUUUAUUCUCGCAUUUCGGGGAGAAAAAAAAAACAGUUUAUUUCAGGUCAGUUAAGUUCUAAGAGGAUCUUUUCUUUACGAAAGUAAUUUUUACUCCAACUAAUCCCCCAACUGUAGAAGUACUUUUAUGCCCUUUCCCCAAAAAUUAAAAAAAAAAGAUAAUUGCAGUAUUUUUGGCGGUAAUGAAACAUUUGAAUACAAAUAACCUUUAUCUUCUAAUAUUUUCGAACAAAAAAAAAUUAUUUUACGUCCCAUUUAUUUUAUUUCUUGGCGAUAAAAUCCCCAACAAAUUGUGUAAAUAUUUGUGAAUGGUAUAUUCAUAAACAGUGCAUGUAUAUAUGUAAAAAUAUAUUACAUAAAAAUUAAA